AUGAAAUCUAAAGACAUAAUCCUGAGUGUUGCAUUCUUCUUUCAGACAGGAAUUGGGCUUCUUGGGAAUUUCUUCCUUAUUUGUCUCUUCAUCUUUGUGCUUCUCAGGGGACAUAGGAUGAGGUCUAUAGACCUUAUUGUCACCCAAAUAGCCUUGGCCAACUGCUUAGGGCUUCUCUCAAAGGGCAUCCCUCAGACAAUGACAUCUUUGGGUGUGAUGAAUUUCCUGGAUGACAUUGGCUGUAAAAUUGUUUUCUACCUUCACAGACUAGCUUGGGAACUUUCCCUCAGCAUGACCUGCCUCCUGAGUGGUUUCCAGGCCAUCACCAUCAGCCCCAGCAACUCCAAUUGGGCUGAGAUUAAAUCUAGAGCCCCAGAGUACAUCCUUCCUUCUAGUCUCUUCUGUUGGACUUUUCACUUGCUUUUUUGCAUUUAUAUUCCUUGGGGGAUUAAGGGACCAAGGUAUCCCCAAAAUAUCACUAAGAUACAGCAUCAUGGGUAUUGUUCUCACAAAAUUGCUUCUGGAUUUCAAGCCUCCUUAUUUGCAACUAUUCUUUCCCUUCCUGAUGCCAUGUGUGUGAUCUUCAUGGCCUCUGCCAGUGGCUAUAUGCUCUUUCUUCUAUACAGGCAUCAUAAGCAAGUUCAGCAAGCUCACCUUACCUGCCUCUCCCCCAGAGCCUCCCCUGAGACCAGGGCCACCAAAACUAUCCUACUGCUAGUAAGCACCUUCGUCUGCUCUUACUCACUCAACUGCAUCUUGACAACAUAUAUAUCUUUUGCAAAAUCCCCUCCCUGGUUGAUGCACUCCUCUGCUUUCCUGGCUUCAUGUUUCCCAGCUAUUAGCCCCUAUGUGCUGAUCAGCAGUGACUCACAAGUUAGCAGGAACCUCUAUGCUCUUUGUGGGAGGAAAACCCCACAUUUUGACCUUAAUAGCAAAUCAAUAUCCUCCACCUAG